GAACAUGUUUGGUUUGGUGCGCAGUGUAGAAGGUUGAACAAGACCAGUUAGAGAGAGAGAGAGAAGAGCAUUUGAUUUGAUGAGUCCUCGUAGCUCAUUUACUGCUUAAGCAAGACCAGCAUACCUACAACUACAACAAGCGCCGCCUCAUGUUUCUUUGAUUGUCAUUCUCCUUGUAUUCUCACAAAACUACAUAUGAAUGAUAUUCAACUGUUUCAUUAUUUUAUUCUAUGUUCUGGGCAACCAAUGAGGUUUUCAGUGUGGACUUUUUCUUCUCCAAUUUCCAAUCUUUGUCUUUUUCCCAGAACAAACUUCCCUCUUGGAACUCUGUAGUUUCCUCCCUCUAAUGCUUUUUUCUAACUCAAAGUUGCAAACUUUUUGGUAUUAGUAUUUCAUUGAGUGCAAAAAAUCAAAAGGGGUGUGUUCUAUAUCAAUUUCUGAUUUGUUUGAGCUGCCACUGGAGUUUUUUCUGUGUAAAGAUUGAAUUUUGAGAUGGGGGGUCUUUGUUCCAAGUCUGCCAAAGGUGAAAAGGUGCUUGUUGCCAAGUCUAGAGGACAAUAUGAUAACCACAAAUCUGGUGGUAAGAACUACAAGCCAACCAUGGUAAGUGAUUUGACAACUGCAGGAGAGGGAAUGGAAGAGAAAAAGCAGAAGCAAGAACAUGAUGCUGCAGGGACUAGACCAGAUGAUGAUUUUUAUGAUGGAAUCCCACGCUAUAAUGAUUCUUUUCCUCACAAGUCUAGGUCAGUCAAAUCAAGUAAAGCUGCUGUGGCAAAGGUCUCAGAGGUGAGCUUCCGCCUGGGCAGAGGUUUUGAGAAGGCAGUUGACGUAUUGGACACUCUUGGAAGUAGCAUGACAAAUUUAAACGCUAGCAGUGGGUUUGUAUCUGGAGCUGCAAUGAAGGGGAAUGAAAUUGGUAUUUUAGCAUUUGAGGUUGCAAACACUAUUGUCAAGGGUUUUAGUCUUAUGGAAUCUCUUUCAACAAAUAACAUUAAGCAUUUAAAAGAAGAGGUGCUGAAGUUAGAGGCUGUGCAAGAUUUAGUAUCAAAGGAUAUGGAUGAACUUCUAAGGAUUGUUGCUGCAGACAAGAGGGAUGAGUUGAAAGUCUUUUCUGACGAGGUGAUUCGUUUUGGAAAUCGUUCAAAGGAUCCUCAGUGGCACAACUUGGACCGUUACUUUGAGAAAAUUAGCAGAGAACUUAAUUCUCAAAGACAAACGAAGGAAGAGGCAGAAUUAUUAAUGCAGCAAUUAAUGAGUUAUGUUCAAUAUACAGCUGAGUUAUACCAUGAGUUACAUGCUUUGGAUAGAUUUGCACUAGAUUAUCAGCACAAGCGUGAAGAGGAUGAUAAUUCAGGCACAGCUCAAAGUGGUGAUAGCCUUUCAAUCUUGAAGGGAGAACUUAAAAGUCAAAAGAAGCAAGUUAAGCAUUUGAAGAAAAAGUCACUUUGGUCCAGAAGUUUGGAGGAGGUUAUGGAGAAGCUUGUGGACAUAGUACAUUAUUUGCAUUUGGAGAUUAACAAUGCCUUUGGCAGUGCAGAUUCCGGUAAACCAUUAACUCAAACAAGCAGCAACCACCAAAGAUUGGGUCCUGCAGGACUUGCUUUGCAUUAUGCAAAUAUAGUGCUCCAAAUUGAUACUCUGGUCGCUAGAUCCAGUUAUAUGCCUGCAAAUACAAGGGAUACAUUAUAUCAGAGCUUGCCUCCUAAUAUAAAAUUAACUUUGCGUUCCAAAUUGCCAACCUUUCAUGUUGUAAAAGAGCUCACUAUGACAGAUAUUAAAGAUGAGAUGGAGAAAACAUUGCAUUGGCUGGUUCCAAUGGCUACAAACACAGCCAAGGCGCAUCAUGGUUUUGGUUGGGUAGGGGAAUGGGCAAACACAGGCUCCGAGCUAAAUAAGAAGACCUCGAAGACUGAUGUAAUGCGGAUCGAAACAUUUCACCACGCAGAUAAAGAAAAAGUUGAAAUUUAUAUUCUUGAACUUCUUUUGUGGCUUCACCACUUGGCCGUAAAAAGUAAACCUGGCAGUGAUGCUGGAGAAAUUAGGUCUACCAUCAACAAGUCCCCUGCUCUGCAAAAGACAAAUCCAGAGUCUACAAAUGCCCUACCACCAUCGCUAACAGUUGAAGAGCAGAUCAUGCUGAAGGGUGUAAUUAGUAACAAAAUUCGAAUCAGAGGAAAUAGUAAAAGCUUGGACUAUGAUAAUGUAAACACUGGGUUGACAGAUAGCAGAAUACUGAUCAAGAGUAGCAGUUAUUCUUAUUCAGCAUCAAGUAGAAGCAAGGAACUAUCUUUAAAUAAAAUUUCGUCUAAGCUUCCUGUGAUUGAUUUUGGUAUUGACAAAAAGAGAACAUUGGAUGUGAUUGACAGACUAGAUGUGGCCAGAUAAUGUGUUGCAAUUGCAACCAUUAUUGAGUUCCUUUGGAAUGAAAGCUUAGUAUCAAGACAUGAGAAGAAUGGGACUUCUUUGUGUAAAUAUGCAAAUCAUUUUCAUGCUGCAAGUGUUGAAUGCCAAAUUUUGGCACCAUGGAUUUCUUAACUUCAUUAGGGAGCUUGGUUUUGGUGAACUGGUGAUUCUGCAUUAUGUAGAUAUCUUCUUUGUAUGGAACCAAGGGAGUUGUUAAGACCAUAGGCAUUCUUUUCAAUAUUAUUGCAGUACCCACCUGCUGCUAUUGGAGGAGAGGGGUGGAUUCUUCUGUUUUUUCAUCCUUAAGAGUGUAUAGACAAUGAGGAUUUGGUACCUAUUGUAUUUUUUGGGCUGUAUGUAUAAAUGAUUGGUUUGGUUACCUUGCCUAUACCCAUUGACACUUCUGAAUGUAGUAUCUAUAUUUUCUCAAAUGUA